AUGGUGGAAGCACCGCCGAAUCCAGCAAGGUCUGUCUUGCUGGGGGACACCGCAGCCGCAGUGGCGCCGACGACUACCGCAGCAGCGGCGGGAGCGUCGGAGGACGCGUUGAGGGUAUUCGGGGAUAUACAGGCAUCGCUCGGAGGCUUGGAGAGUGCCCUGGGAGCAGUUGGUAUGCAAGCAGCAGAAAUGAAGCAACAGGAGGACGAACAGGAAGAGCAUAUCAAGGACAUUCAGGCACUAUGUCUGGAGGUCCUGGAGAAGGACGUUCUUCAGCAUUUGACUGCCCUCAUCGAGGCCGGAGUCCUCGAAGAUAUCGACAAAUUGGUGCAGGAGCACGUCGCCCAGCUUCUGCCGCAUUAUCUUCCAAGGGAGCUUCAAUUGGAGCUUCGAGAGCAGCAGGCAGAGCUGGAACGUCUGGAGAAGCAGCUCCAUGAUUCCGAGCACGUUCAUUCUAUUCACAACGCCAAGGGAAAAUCAGCGAGGGAUUCCCGAGACCUGAGCCACAUGUUCGCUCUCACUUCGAGUGCUGCAGAAGUCCUCGUACGCGAGUAUGGUUUGGGCGAACCGAGCCCUGUCCGUGAAAAAAAUAUCAAUGUAUUCAUGCGCCACUGCGGGGUGCAGUAUCACUGGUCUUCACAGGGGUUGGAGAACAGGCUGUACCCAGGAAGCUUAGUAGUAGCAUUUGUAUGA